UUUAUAAUAUUUAAAAAUAUAAUUUAGUAAAAUAUAAAUAAAAUUUAUAAACGUGUUAACAUGGAGAGUGCACAUCAAGUUGGCGCUGAUACUGGCAAGUUAACAAAAUUUCCUACGCCAUUUUCUAUUGAAAGUUUAAUAGCAAAUCAAAAUGUAACAAAAACGCUUGAAAGCAAUAAACGCGAUCGCGAAAAAGAUGAGUUAAAUGCACGCGCCAUGGUGGCUUCAUCUGCUUUAGGUCUAACAAAUUUUCCAUUGUACAAUCCUUGGAUACAUGGUUAUUUUGUACAAAAUCACGAUCGGUUAUCACAGCUUAUCACCAACGGUGGCUACCUGUCAAAUAUGAAUAAAGAACAAAUUGCGGAUAGCAACAUUCAAACCACAAAACAAAACCUUGCGGAGAAUGAUAUUUCCAGGUUACCGGUAAAUGCGUUGGAGAAUCAUUUUUUACUUAGCACACCGACAACAGCGCAGCUGUCUUCGUGUGAUCCAAAUUAUCGUGAUAAAUUAUUAUUACAAAAUCUAAAUAUUGGCGUCGGUAGUUCACAUGCAAAUUCUAUCCGCGCUCACAGCCCGAGACAGAGAAUGGCAACUGAGCUAAUGAAUGGAGAUUAUGUGCACAAUUUAAGUUUGCAUGCACGUCUACAAAAUAUAGGUAAAGUUAUGGGUGACAUGCCUGGAAACGAGUUGAUGACAACCACCAGUAUGCAAUAUGGUAGCAAUUUUAGCUCCGGUAACCUAAUAACAGACUCCAAUUCAAAACAAAGUGAAUGCUCUGAGCCUACGUUGGAUGUUGGUAUGGAUGAGGAUUUUGAUUGCAGUGGAGACUCUUGCAGUGAUAUUAGCCUAACUAUGUCACCGCAAAAUUAUAGCACUGAUUUGGAUAAGAGUAGAGCUGCAAUUAAUUCCACAGUUUUUGCAGAUUAUCCGCAUUCAGACUCAGAGGAUUGCACCGACGAUGAAGGCAACUCAACUAAUAACGAUCUAAGUAAAGACGCUUCUGGUGGUUGUAGUAGCAGUAAUUCUAAAUCUCGACGCAGAAGAACAGCAUUUACCUCUGAACAGUUACUGGAACUAGAAAGAGAAUUUCAUGCCAAGAAAUAUUUAAGUUUGACUGAAAGAAGCCAAAUCGCCACGACGCUGAAACUAAGUGAAGUCCAGGUUAAAAUAUGGUUUCAAAAUCGUCGCGCAAAAUGGAAACGUGUUAAGGCGGGUCUGACAUCACAUGGCCUUGGUCGAAAUGGUACAAAUGGUGGCACAAAAAUAGUUGUGCCGAUACCGGUCCAUGUAAAUCGUUUCGCCGUUCGUUCGCAACAUCAACAAAUGGAAAAAAUGUGUCUUAGUGGUCCGAAACCAGAUCUGCGUAAAAAAAUGCCCACCGAUGCAAGUGGUUUUGAAAAAUUUAAUGGUGGCAACUUGGUUGGAGUUGCUGCAAACGUUGUUCCUAAUGUGGUUAGUAAUGGUGCUAAUGUCGUGAAUCAGCCGGCGGCUUUGAUGGUAGCGGCUAAUAUGGUUGCGAAUACCAUGACGGGCUCAUUGGCUUUAGCGCGUAGUAUUUAUUAAGAGUUUAUGUUUCAAUUAAUAUGAUUUCCUUUAACAUGUGUUUUGUGUUUUAAAUAUUUUAAUUA